ACUGAUUGACAUGCAUGUUUGCGCUUUCUCGGGGGAACAGGAAGCAGGUUGUAAGGAACUGAGCGGAGCUUCUCAUGCAGGAGUUCACCGCGGCUCGGAGUUGCUCUGGACGUGCCGUCAAGAAUACGAGGAGAAAGAAUUAAGAAUCAGGAAAAAAGCGUGGGGGACGGGAUGACUGACUGUUUGCUGCCUACUUUGCUGGAAGCCUGUGUGGUGGUCGGAGCGUCCAGUGAAAAACUUCAGGAAAUCUACAAGGCUGGUAACAGCAGUGUGAGCUCAGAGUCUCUCCUGUUGGAGCCGGAGAUUCUUCAUGUUCUGGCUCCCCCCUUCCAGAGCAGGUCAGCUGAGAAUGAGACAUCAAAGUUGCAUGGAAAACGACACCACUCGUUUCUCAGAAAGAAGAAAGAGCAUCCUUCUUCAGAUCAAAGUGCAUCAGAGAGAAAAGAAGGAAGCGAAGAUGUGGGUGUACCAAAAAAUAUCGACCUCAUGGCAUUGCCUCAGCUCUGUUUUCCUGGUGGUCUGCUGGUCACUGGGGAGGAGAAAAAAGAGCAGUUCCACUUCCUGGUUUUUACCGACGUCUUUGGCAACAAGACUCAUGGAGUAGUGAUGCAGUAUUAUCGAUCAAUUCUGGAAGGGACGACUGGUUAUCAGCGUGGAGCUGGAUCUUUAAAGUUCUCUAAAUGUUUCUCUGCUGUCGGUGUCUGUGUCAUAUCCAAGUAUCCUUAUUUCACUGCCCUCAAAGACUGCCUGUCAUGUCUUCUGUUUCAGCUGAGUUCAUGUCGGUUAUCAGAGAUGGAGGAAAAACUGAAUGAAUUUGCAAUCAAGCUGAGCCUUGUGCCAAUUCCACCUCCGGGGCAGCUUCAUUUGAUGUUUUCAUUACGUCCUUUGACUAUCGUGCUACCGUCCAGAGAGGACAAAAGCCUUCAAGCUGUCGACUUGGACCUCCACCUGCCUUUCCUUUGCUUCCGACCGCAGCAACUACUGCUGGUGCUUUCUUCUCUUCUGCAGGAGCAACGGGUGGUAUUGUUUUCUGCUGACUUGGCAAGACUGACGCUAGUAGCAGAAAGCCUGUUAAUUUUUUUGCAGCCCCUGACAUGGCAGCAUCCUUAUGUUCCUGUUCUGGCCAGAGGAAUGCUGGACUUCCUAAUGGCUCCGACUGCCUUUCUUAUGGGAUGCCAUCUGAGCCAUUAUGCUGAAGUUGCUGCUGAAACCGAUGAUUUGAUCUUAGUGAAUAUUGAUGAUGGGACCGUUUCCACUUCUUUGUCUGAUGCUAUUGAUAUCCCUGAAAUUCCUCUAGCUGCUGCAGACUACUUCAUACAGAGGACUCGCUCAUUGCAGAUACAUUUUGACUUGGGCCAGUACCAUAGUGCAAGCUGCAUGGACAUCAAUGAGCAGCGUGCACAAAGAAGAGCCUGGCAACACAAACUCAAUCAUGAGAUCCAGAAGAUUUCUCUGGAACUGCUGGUCAACAUAUUCAGGGAUGUUUGCAGUCAUCUGAACUAUGAACAUCGAGUGUUUCACAGUGAAGAGUUCCUGAAAACAAGAGAGCCAGAUGAGCUGCUUUUCUACAAAGUGGUAUUGGACACACACAUCUUCCACUCCUUCUUGAGGGAUCGGCUCAACAAAAAAAUGGAUUACUUUGCACGAAUGGAGCUCAGCACUCGGGCUGAGAUGCAGAAAAUGUCUAUUGUUGAGGUACAACGCAGACCGACCAUGCAAGAAAUCCUAACCCGCAGAAAGAGUUCUGUUGUCGGGAACAAGCUGAGUAAAAGACUGGGGAUGAGUCUCCCUAACUUAGGGGGAUACCAGGUUAUCAAUUCUGAGAAACGCCCACUGCUCACAAGGGGCGUCAUGUCUGAUUCAGUGCUGAAAACACCACCCGACCCUGUAAAAGUUUUUAAACUCCCAGAGUUCCCAGUGUUUCUGUCUUCUCACUCUAUCCAAGCUUAUUAUAGUGAGCUCAUCCAAGUGCUGGGAAAUGCUAUUUUCUCUGUCCAAACUGAGAACUCUUCUCUGCUGGCCAGAUUUUACUACUUGCGAGGUUUCAUCAACACGCUAUGUUCAAGGCGACUGGAUGCUUUGAGUGAUUUCCAGAGUCUCAACAAGACCGACACGGCAAUCUUUCCCACACAUUUGGUCACAUGGCUUGUGGACUCUCUGCAUCAAGAUGAGCUGCAGCAAGCCCAAACGAGACCUGAGCUUAAGAGUUUUCUUUUCAAGAUAAAAACAGAUAAUGAGAAGCCGGCUGUUCGGACAGAUAAUCGCAUCAAGAAGUUUAAACUUCCUCAGACUCCCUUGGAUCAGGACGAGUUUGUACGCUGCAUUCAGGAAUGUGGAGUUGUGAAGGAUGUGGCAACAAUAAGUCGCUUAUUUGAUGCACUCACUGAUGAACAACAUGUGAAGGUGGACCCAAAAGUCUUUAAAAUGUUUUACACCUUCUGGAAGGAGACGGAGGCCGAAGCACAAGAUGUCAACCUCCUCUCUGAGGUCAUCAGCCGCCUUGACGACAGCGAAUGUGUUUAUAAGUUGUCCUCGCGUGUCAAGACCUCGUAUGGUGUCGGAAAAAUUGCCAUGACGCAGAAACGCUUGUUUCUGCUCACAGAGGGACAGCCGGGUUUCCUGGAAAUUGCAAAGUUCAGAGACAUACAGGAGGUAAAGAUGGCCUCCGCCCCCUUUCUUCUUGUCCGUAUUCUCAGUCUUCGGAUCAAGACUUUUAGCAGGCCUGAGCUAUUUGAAGCAAAUCUAAAAAUGGAGACCAAACUCUGGAACCUCAUCAUCAAAGAGAUGUGGGCUGGGCGCAAGAUGAGUGACCAAGAUAAGGACCCGCAGUGCAUGACUCAAGCUCUGACUAAUGUCUUGUUGAUGGACGCUGUUGUUGGCUGCCUGAACCCUCACAGAUCCAUCUCUGCAGCUUCGAAGCUGGUUUACUUUGAUAGAAUCUUACAUGAAGUUCAUACGGUAGUUCCUAAUACUACCUCGGAGACUCUAAAGCAUAAAAUCAACCCAUCUCUGGACUUAGCAGAACCUCAGACUGUAUGUGUGCUGCUGUACACUCCAGGUCAGUUAUGGGACAAAAAAUCCCCCAUAGUGAUGAACCCCAAGCUGUGGGUGGCACUGAGUGGCGGCAGAGUGGUUAUAUUUGAUGCAGCUAGCUGGUCAAUGCUGCAGGAUUGCAUUCAGACGGGAGAGUUACAAGUGACAUGCAUGAUGGGGCUGGUUCAUGAUCAGGUCUGGAUGGGUUCUCAGGACUCUGUUAUUUACAUCAUCGACACCCACAGUAUGUCCUGCAACAAACAGCUGACUGAACACCGACAUGAAGUGACUGGCCUCUCUGUUGACACCACAGAUCAUAGCAAUGGGCAACUUGCUUACUCCUGCAGCUGUGACGGGACAAUCCUGCAAUGGGACUCGGCUACUCUGAAGGUGAAGCGCCAGUUCUACCUCAGCUGUGACCGUCUCUGCUCCAUACGAUUCUAUGACGGCGUCAUUUGGUGCUGUUGUGGCGACAGCAUUGUGGAACUAAAAAAGUGUGGCACUCCACAGAGGAGGAUAGUGCUUCCUGAUGACUUACGGAUCAUGCCCAGUUGCUUCAGCUGCUUUAUUGUUAUUCCAGAGCGCGGACAAGUUUGGACAGGCUGCUCUGACUCGGUGGAAUUGUGUCUCUGGCAGACUGACAACCUCAAACAAUCACCCAAAAGAAUUUCUCUGCCAGGCACUUCAGGAGUCACGUGUAUGAUUCGAGUCAAAAACCAGAUCUGGGUUGGCUGCAGAGGAUGGAGCAGAGUUGGAGGUCUUUGUGACGGUCAGCUGAAAAGCCUGGUGUUGGUGUUAGACCUAGACAGUCUCACAGUGACAAAAGAGCUACUGGCCCAUUCGGACAGUAUCCAGACUCUCUGUUCUGCUGAGGAUCGCUAUGUCCUGAGCGGCUCUGCACGCCGGGAUGGCAAAAUUGCCAUCUGGCAGGUUGCAUAAAAACAAUUCAA